UCUUUAUCUUACAGAUUUUUCAACUGUAAUUGCACUCAGUAUCUUCAAUAUUAUACACCUUUGUACUACCUUUUUAUCCAUCAUAAGUUUAAAUGAAAUUUUUUUAAUGGAUCGUUUUUUCAAAAAUGCCAAAAGAUAUUGCCUCAUUAUCUAAACGUAGAAAAAACCAAUUGCUCAAUGCACAAAUUGCACAGUACUUGACAGAUCAUAAUCAGCCAUCUACUUCUCAUAUAACACCUUUAUCUCAUAGUUGCCAUAUCGAUCAUGUCAGUCUACUCAAUUAUUCAAUUGCCAAUAAGAUACACAACGACCAGUUAUCAGCUUCUUCCAUGGAUUUUGAUAUUCCUCUAACUCAAAGCAAUGUCUUUAUUCACACGGGUGAUGUUGCUGAUAUUGGGACAACACAUAUAGCGGAAUAUUUGUCAAAUGACUCCAGUAAUGAAUCCUUCGUUGAAACUAAUUGUGACAUUCCAAGUACUAUCAAUAUAAGUUUAUCAGAUAAAUUGCGCUGUUGGACUGUACAAAAUAACGUGUCACACAGAAGCGUGAAUGCAUUAUUAAAAAUUCUUUCUUUGCAUGGUCAUUCUGAUUUACCAAUAGAUGUUCGAACUCUUAUGAAAACACCUCGAAAUACGUCGUAUAAAAUUCAACCAAUGAAUGAUGGCUAUUACGUGCAUUUCGGAGUAACAGAUGGACUGAAACGUUCGAUUGCAAAGUACUUUCAAGUUAUCCCCCAUAAGAUAGAAAUAAAUAUAAAUUGUGACGGUUUACCUUUGUUCAAAAGUUCGCGAGCUCAAUUUUGGAAAAUUUUAAUAUCAAUCGAAACUGAUUUCUACACUCAGCCUAUCGUUGUUGGCAUAUAUUAUGAAACGGCCUUGAUGUUGAUGAUCAUAAGUGUUGUGUAAGUGUCAAGGCACUUGUUUGCGAUGCACCUGCAAAGUCGUUUCUUACUUAUACGAAAGGUCACAAUGGAUACUUUUGAUGUUCUAAAUGUAUUCAAGAAGGAGAUGCAUUGGGCCAUCGCAUUACUUUCCCUGAAAUAAAUAGCGAAUUAAGAAUUGAUUAUU